AUCACAGGUGCAGGAUUAGUGUUGCCUAUGGUGCUGGGCUUUUUAGUGGAACCCCCUAGCAAUUCUGUGCCUCCCCAUAUCUCUCAUCCCAGGAGCCUGGCAACGAUAUAUCAAGCAUACAGAAGUCAAAACAAACUUUCUUGAUAACAUGCUUUUGCGCAGUUCGGGAAAAUUAAAUGUGGGCACCAAGAAAGAGGAUGGUGAGAGCACAGCCCCGACCCCUCGUCCAAAGAUCUUGCACUGCAAAUGCCACCACCACUGUCCAGAAGACUCAGUCAACAAUAUCUGCAGCACAGAUGGAUAUUGUUUCACAAUGAUAGAAGAAGAUGACUCUGGGAUGCCUGUGGUCACGUCUGGAUGUCUAGGACUAGAAGGCUCUGAUUUUCAGUGUCGGGACACACCCAUUCCUCAUCAAAGAAGAUCCAUUGAAUGCUGCACAGAACGGAAUGAAUGUAAUAAAGACCUGCACCCCACACUGCCACCACUGAAAAGCAGAGAUUUUGUUGAUGGACCUAUACAUCACAAGGCCUUACUUAUAUCAGUGACUGUCUGUAGUUUGCUAUUGGUUCUUAUCAUUUUAUUCUGUUACUUCAGGUAUAAAAGACAAGAAGCCAGGCCUCGUUAUAGCAUUGGGUUAGAACAGGAUGAAACAUACAUCCCUCCUGGAGAGUCCCUGAGAGAUUUGAUUGAGCAAUCCCAAAGCUCAGGAAGUGGAUCAGGCCUCCCUCUGCUGGUUCAAAGGACUAUAGCUAAGCAGAUUCAAAUGGUGAAGCAGAUUGGUAAAGGUCGUUAUGGGGAAGUUUGGAUGGGAAAAUGGCGUGGCGAAAAGGUGGCUGUGAAAGUGUUCUUCACCACGGAGGAAGCCAGCUGGUUCCGAGAGACAGAGAUCUAUCAGACAGUGUUGAUGAGACAUGAAAACAUUUUGGGGUUCAUUGCUGCAGAUAUCAAAGGCACAGGAUCCUGGACCCAGCUAUAUCUAAUCACAGACUAUCAUGAAAAUGGUUCCCUCUAUGAUUAUCUAAAAUCCACCACCCUAGAUACUAAAUCGAUGCUGAAGCUAGCCUAUUCUUCUGUCAGUGGUUUGUGUCAUUUGCACACGGAAAUCUUUAGUACUCAAGGCAAACCAGCAAUAGCCCAUCGAGAUCUGAAAAGUAAGAACAUCCUGGUGAAGAAAAAUGGUACUUGCUGCAUAGCUGACCUGGGCCUGGCUGUUAAAUUUAUUAGUGAUACAAAUGAAGUUGACAUACCACCCAACACUCGAGUUGGCACCAAGCGCUACAUGCCUCCAGAAGUAUUAGAUGAGAGUUUGAAUAGAAAUCACUUCCAGUCUUACAUCAUGGCCGACAUGUACAGUUUUGGACUUAUCCUUUGGGAGGUUGCGAGGAGAUGUGUAUCAGGUGGUAUAGUAGAAGAAUACCAGCUUCCAUAUCAUGACCUAGUGCCCAGUGACCCCUCUUACGAAGACAUGAGAGAGAUUGUAUGCAUCAAGAAGCUGCGGCCCUCUUUCCCCAACCGCUGGAGUAGUGAUGAGUGUCUGAGGCAGAUGGGGAGGCUCAUGAUGGAGUGCUGGGCCCAGAACCCCGCGUCGAGACUGACCGCCCUGCGUGUUAAGAAAACUCUUGCCAAAAUGUCAGAGUCUCAAGACAUUAAACUCUGAUUCAAGAGGAAAAGUACACGUCUCUGCAGAAAGCCAGCAGGUAUUCUUCUGUUCGUGGGCAGAGAAAAAGAUGUUCCCAAAACAUCUGCAUGACACGCCUUGAACAUUGUCCACUUUCCAGUGGGCUCACCUUGUGCUCAGGGAGCAACCUGCACACGACAGAGAACAGACUCAUUGGUGUCUGUCUGCAGAAGGAAGAAACUGCUUGGUAACUUGUUCAAGAU